AUGGCCAACGCUAGGCAGACCGUUCACCAACAAGCCACCCAAGGCUUCACUGGUCUAGCGUCACCCAUUACUGUUCCACCUAUAGUUAGCGAGAACUCAUGGCAGAUUCCAUCUUAUGCCAUGCAAGCCAUCACCAAUAGCAUCCAGUUCCACGGUCGCGAGGACAAGGACGCACCGGCCCACAUAAACCGGUUCUCCCGUAUCCUAGCCACCUUUAGCCUUCACGGUGCACCCAAUGAUGCCACCUACUUACAGUUUUUCCCGUUUUCACUAGCUGGCCGUGCGGCUACUUGGUUGGACUCUCAACCAACCGGCACCUUUACCACUUGGGCGGGGCUUCGUCAAGCCUUUUUGAACAAGUAUUUCCCGCCCGCUAAAGCCUCACGUCUUAGGGACCAAAUCCACUCCUUCCACAUGGAGCCUGACGAGCCUUACUACCUUGCUUGGGAGCGUUUCCAAAACCUUUGUGCUCGUUGCUCCCAGCAUGGUCUUUCUGAUUGGGCUUUGUGUGAGAAAUUUUAUAACGGUCUCACUCAAGAGACUCGUGAUAGGUUCGACACUAAUGCGGGGGGGCAUAUGAUGGGUAUUCUUAUAGUUGCUGAGUGUCUAGAGCGUUUUGAGGCAUUUGCUCAGUCUCAAUCUCAAUCGCGAGCCGAUCAGCGGUAUCAAAGUGGUAAUUCUAAUACCAAUACUAGUGCACUCGCCCGAGGGGUGAACCAUGUCACCAUGGAUCCUAGUUUAGCCACUGUAUUGGAAAACAUGUCUAGGGAACUUAAGGAAAUUAAGGCUAAGAUAGACAAAUGUGAGUAUUGUCGAGGGGGUCACGACACGAGUGUGUGUCCACUGCUAGUAGGUGAGGAGCAAGUCGAUUUUGUAGGAGGGGGUCAAUGUAGAGGUCAACCUAGUGGUUUUGGUAAUAAUAACUUUGGUUCGGGUUGGCGUAAUAACAAUAAUAAUUUUGCUGCUAACAACAAUUUUCGCUCAAACGGACCCCCUGGUUUUCAAAUAGCUCAAAAUCCAAAUAGGGGUCUAGGUUCACUCUUUGGUGGGGGUUCAAAUGGGCAAGUUAAUGAUGGGGGGUCAAAUAUCCAAGGUCAAACAGGUCAAGGUCCAAGUUUUGAUUUAGGGGGUAGCAUAGAAAGAAUGGAGGCUAUGAUGAGCCAGCUAGUUGUUAGAGAUCAAACCACCCAAAAGAAACUUAGCGAACAUGACCUUAUGCUUAAGAAUCACCAAGCUGCUUUCCAAGACCUUCAAAGGGUUGUAGGUGAUAUGUCUAGGAAGUUAGAGGAGAGAUUACCCGGUCAGUUUGCGGGUAACACCCAACCGAACCCAAAGGCUCAUGUAAAGGCCAUUACCACCUGUAGUGGCAAAAUCGUAGGGAACCCGAGCGUAGAAGAGAGAGUAAUCGAUGAGGAUGGAGACAUUGUAGACGAAGAGAUAGAGAUGGAGGCUCCCGGCAAAGUGCAAUCGAGGCUGCGCCCAGCAAGUACCGCACAGUCCGGUGAGUCUCAAGGUGAGAAGAGAGUAGAGAAACCUCCCGUGGAUGUUAGGCCUUCGCCUUUAGUGAACCAUGCGUAUGUCCCGUUCCCUUCACGUCUUAAGAAUAAAAAAUACUCGAGGGAAUAUGGGCAGUUCUUAGACAUCUUCAAACAAUUGAAUAUUAAUCUUCCUUUUAUCGAGGCACUCCAGUCCAUGCCUAAAUAUGCGAAAUUUUUAAAGGACCUUCUUAGGAAUAAGGAGAAGUUAGGGGAGUUGUCGAAUGUCCCAUUGCAUGGAGGAUGUUCGGCCGUUGUCUCAAAUCAGCUUCCUGAAAAGCUUACCGAUCCCGGUGUUUUCACAAUUCCUUGUCUAUUCGGUAGUAACACUAAUACUAGAGCUUUAGCCGACCUAGGUGCUAGCAUCAAUUUGAUGCCAUUUUCUCUCUACGAAAAGCUAGACUUAGGCGAGCUUUCAACCACCCGAAUGACAUUAUCCUUAGCUGAUAGAUCCGUGAAACACCCUAGGGGCAUAGUCGAGAAUUUGCUUGUUAAGGUGGACAAGUUCGUUUUCCCGGCUGACUUCGUCAUUCUCGACAUGGAAGCCGAUGAAAACGUACCGCUAAUCUUAGGACGUCCGUCCUUGAACACCGCUAAAGCUCUCAUAGAUGUCUUUUUAGGCACCAUCACACUUAGAGCGGGCGAGGAAUCGGUAAUUUUUAAGGUUAUGAAUUCGAGAGGGCCUAGUGAUAGAGUGGAGGCGGUAUCGUUAGUAGGGGAGUGCGAGAAGGAUGAGAGAGAUGAAGAGAAGGUGGUGAAUGGUCCGAGUCUAGAAAAAGUAAUAGAACUCAAGUGUGGGGACCCACCGGAUAGGAGAGUAGAGGAAUUAGAGGAGAGAAUCGUGCGUUUAGAAUCUAAGAUAGAGACACUGAGCAAGGCUCAGUGUGGGGAUGGAUGUCGAUAUGAAGAGUAUAGAUUCAAACCGCCAAGUGAGGAGUUGAGAGGUUGUGAGAGAGAUAAGAGUGUUUGGGUUGAGUUGAGCGAUGAUAGGUAUAAUGGUGCUACAGCCCGUGAGUGUGUGUUUGGAGGUGAACUGCAUCUUUUUGAUCCUCCAUAA